AUGUUCAACCUAUUUUUGAGGCAGGUUUGGACGCUGACCGUCAAGAACCUGCUGAUCACCUUCGUGCGCCCCAGUGCAACAACCACACUUAGAGCUUUGGUUUUGCCAGUCAUCUUUAUUGCCAUCAUUUCUUAUGCGCGAAACUUCUUUGUUCCUCCAUCUAUCUAUGGAAUCGGUAACCCAACGCCGGUGCGAUCUCUGACCAGCGCCUUGGGAUCCGUUGGUGAAGGGAGAGACAAAUUGGUAUUUGUCAACAAUGGAUUUAUCGAUGGCGAUAUACAGCGGGUCAUUGAUCAAGUCGCAGAACCUGCCCGACAACAUGGGGACCAAGUUGUGACCUUAACUUCCGAGAGUGAUCUCAGAGAUACCUGUCGCACCACACUCAGGGGUACAUCAUCUUGUAUAGCCGCGACUGUCUUCUACUCAUCACCAAAUGAAGGGCUAGGAGGGAUAUGGAAUUACUCGAUUCGAGCUGAUGGUUCAUUGGGUGAUCGCAUCAAUACUGAAACGAGCACCAAUGCCCAGGAGAUCUAUCUUCUCCCUCUUCAACACUCCAUCGAUCGCGCUAUUAUUCAAACCAAUGGUGCUGUGGAUAACGGGAGUAUUCCUGAUGAGAUCAUGGAGUACCCUUACACCUCAUUGACCCAAAAGCAACGCCAAGAUGAAAUUCGGGUGCGCUAUAUGAGCGCGAUUAUCAAUAUCAUCAGUAUUGCGCUAUUCAUUGGAAUGGUUGGCGUCACAUAUCAGCUGACAGGCUUGAUUGCAAUGGAACGAGAACUUGGCAUGAGUCAAUUGAUUGAUUGCAUGCUGCCGAGUUCCUCCCAAUGGAAAGCCCAAGCAGCUCGCUUCAUUGCGGCCCAUCUUGCUUUAGACAUCAUCUACGGACCCGGUUGGAUUAUCACCGGUAUCAUUCUGAAGUACGGCGUGUUUAGCAAAACAUCGGCAGGAAUUACGGUCGUCAAUCAUCUCUUUACCGGAUUGGCACUGUCUUCAUUCUCAAUUUUCGGUGCUUCUUUCUUCAGAAAGGCACAGUUGAGUGGUAUCUCCGUGGUAAUAGCCAACCUCUUGCUGGGGGUUGUAGCACAGGUUGCUGGCGUCAAGACUAACGGCGCAGUCAUCAUUCUUGGUCUUCUGUUUCCGUCCAUGAACUAUGUGUUCCUUUCAGUGUUUAUGGCUCGAUGGGAGAGACAAAACCUACCAACGAACCUGGUCCAUGCGGCUCCCAAUAAUCCUUGGACAAUCCCGGGUAUCGCUCUUUGGGUGUUUCUGAUUGUGCAGAUUAUUGUCUACCCCAUUCUCGCCGCGUUGGUGGAGCGGAUGCUCUAUGGAACCGCCUCGUCUAGCCGCCAAGCCACGGCACUGGGGAAUUCCUCAGCCCUCACCAUUGAUGGUUUCUCGAAAGAAUACAAACCAAGCUGGUUCCAUAGGAAUGUGGGCAGACGAUUCGGUUCCAAGCGACAGAGUGUAUUUGCAGUUAACAAUCUCAGCUUAAGCGUUGUUAAGGGCGAGAUCAUGGUCCUCUUGGGGGCCAAUGGCUCUGGAAAAUCUACAACGCUUGAUGCUAUAUCAGGCCUCACCAAGAUUUCAUCCGGAGAGAUUGUAAUUGAUUAUGGGAACGGCGAAGGUGGAUUUGGAUUGUGUCCCCAGAAAAAUGUUCUUUGGCACAACUUGACUGUCAAAGAGCAUGUCAAGAUCUUCAACGGUCUCAAGACCGUUCAGAAACGUGAUAGCCAGGAUACCCUGAUGGAGCUCAUUGCCGACUGUGAUUUGCAAAAAAAGCCCAACGCCCAAUCAAGAACCCUUUCCGGGGGUCAAAAACGAAAGCUUCAAUUGGCGAUGAUGUUUACAGGUGGCUCAACUGUUUGUUGUGUGGACGAGGUCUCUUCUGGUCUCGAUCCAAUCUCGAGGAGGAAGAUCUGGGACAUCCUGCUAGCAGAGAGAGGACGCAGAACGAUUCUGUUCACCACUCACUUCCUGGAUGAAGCGGAACUUCUCGCAGAUCAUAUCGUAAUUCUAUCAAAAGGUUCCCUGGAAGCCCAAGGGUCUACAGUAGAGCUAAAACACCGUCUGGGAUCGGGUUACCGCGUUCAUGUUCAUCACCCCCCUGGAUCUACUUCUAACAUUGACUUGCAACUCAAGGGAACGACCAAGGAAACCCAGUUUGAUGAAACCGUGUAUACUGUACAAGACUCAGCUCUCGUUUCCAGAAUUGUUGCUGUUCUUGAAAAGGAAAACAUCACUGAAUAUCGCAUCAGUGGACCAACGAUCGAAGACGUGUUUCUCAAAGUUGCCCAAGAACUACCUCAAGACUCCGUGCAACCUGAAAGUGUUGAUAUUGUCAACGGAAAGCCAAAAUCGGAGGAUUUAACGGAAGAGAACGCAAAUGGCACCGCACAACUUUUGACAGGAAAGCGUAUUAGCAUGGUGCGCCAAACGUGGUUUUUGUAUAUCAAACGUCUGACCAUCUUACGUCGCAACUACAUCCCAUACCUCGCUGCCUUUUUGAUUCCGGUGAUUGCUGCCGGCCUUGUCACUCUGUUUCUCGGGGAUGCAACUGCGCCCAAAUGUUCUGGGGAUAGUCUUUUUAUGAGCCCAGCCCCGAAGUCAUUGAGCUCAUACAAAGACAUUGACCUAGUCGUCGGUCCACAGAGUCGAUUCUCCUCUGCGCUAGACAGCUACAUUAAUUCCUUGCCUGGUGCGGUCAGCUCGAAAAGCAGCAGUCUGUCUAGCUAUUUCAAUUUCGUCGAGAGCUUCCCAGACUUCACGAACUACAUUGAAACUCACCAAGCAAAUGUCACACCCGGUGGAAUCUGGCUUGGAGACUCAUCCUCCAAACCAACCUUCGCAUGGAAGGGUAACAACAAUAACUUCCCGCUCGCAGCGCUUACACAGAAUGCCGUGAGUAAUCUCUUGUCUAACACCUCAAUCGGGUUCCAAUAUCAGUCAUUCGACAUUCCAUGGCAGUCUGACGUGGGCAAAAUGCUUCAGCUUUUGGUCUACUUCGGUCUAGCCUCAGCUGUGUACCCCGCUCUCUUUGCUCUCUAUCCAACCAUAGAACGCCUGCGAAAUGUGCGCGCUUUGCACUAUAGCAAUGGUGUGCGACCGCUUCCCCUGUGGCUUGCAUACCUUUGCUUCGACUUCUGCAUUGUUCUCCUAGCCAGCGUUUUGGGAAUCAUCAUCUUCCGAGCUGCGUCGGAUGUAUGGUACCACGCUGAAUAUCUCUUCGUGGUCUUCUUCCUCUAUGGCCUCUGCUCCACUAUCUUGUCGUAUUUGGUAUCUCUUCUUGCCAAAUCUCAGCUUGCAGCAUUUGCCUUUGCUGCUGGUAUGCAGUGCGUCUUCUUUCUCAUUUAUUUCAUCGGCUACAUGUCUGUCCUCACAUACGCGCCGACUGCCAAGAUUGACUCUUAUCUUUCCACCGUACACUUCACCUUGUCAAUUAUCAUGCCGAUUGGAAGUCUUUCGCGGGCUAUGUUUGCUGCGCUGAACAUCUUCUCGAUCUUGUGUAAAGGCCAGGAGCUCGCUUCCUAUCCUGGUGAUAUCGCAGUAUACGGUGGUCCUAUACUAUACUUGAUAAUCCAGUCAUUCGUACUGUUUACUUUGCUUUUAUGGUUUGAUGGAGGCGGAAAUGCACUUGUGACCUUCAGAUCAAAAUCAAAGUCUGAAGACGUCGAAGAAAAGGAGAUGGACGAAGACGUCGCCAACGAGCUAUCCAGAGUCACAGACUGCCAAGAUGGGCUUCGAGUGUUACACCUCACAAAGUCCUUCAAAAAGUUUGUGGCAGUCGAAGAUGUCACAUUUGGAGUCGGUAGAGGCGAAGUAUUCGCUCUACUCGGUCCAAACGGUGCCGGAAAGACAACAACAAUCAGUCUAAUCCGAGGCGACAUCCAGCCCUCCGAACGAGGAGGCGACAUUUUUGUCGAGAACGUCUCUGUAACCAAGAACCGCGCAAUCGCCCGUUCAAACCUAGGCGUCUGCCCCCAGUUUGACGCAAUGGACCAAAUGACCGUCAUCGAGCACCUCAGAUUCUACGCUCAAAUCCGCGGCAUUUCGGAUGUCGAUCACAACGUGAGGCAAGUUAUCCGAGCCGUCGGACUUACACCAUUCCAGCAUCGCAUGGCAAUGAAGCUCUCGGGCGGCAACAAGCGCAAGCUAUCCCUUGGAAUAGCACUCAUGGGAAACCCCACCGUGCUCCUCCUCGACGAGCCGUCUUCCGGCAUGGAUGCCGCCUCAAAACGAGUCAUGUGGAAGACACUAGCGGCCGUCGCACCAGGUCGGUCUAUUGUUCUGACCACGCAUUCCAUGGAAGAGGCAGAUGCACUUGCGAGUCGUGCUGGCAUCAUCGCGAAGCGUAUGCUCGCUCUUGGUACUACGGACUAUCUCCGCUCCAAAUACGGCAAUAUGUAUCAUGUUCACCUUGUUCACUCACAAGCUCCUCAUACAUCCGACGAAGAUAUGGAGCGUAUGCGUACAUGGGUGCAUAGUACUCUCCCUGGAGCUGUGGUUGAGCAGAAGACGUAUCACGGUCAGCUUCGGUUCAGUGUACCCACUGAGUCACCAUCAGAUAUGGUGUCAAAUCAUGGCACUGAGUCUAUUACCGAAGAUGAGAUCCAUUUUGAUCUCGGACGCGAUGGUCAGAAGGUUGAGUCUUCGACUGUAAUGAAGAGAGGGAACGGCGGGAUUGGCAAUUUGUUCUCUUGUCUAGAGGCGAACAAAGAGUUACUGGGUGUCCAGUACUAUUCUGUCAGCCAGACUAGUCUUGAUCAGGUUUUCCUUACGAUUGUCGGGAAGCACAAUAUCGAGGAGGCGAACUCGGGAACUAAAUAA